GUGUGUAUUUUUUCGAACACUUUAUAUAUUUUAUAAAAAUUUAAAGUUUUUUUUAUCAUUUUAACAUGUUUGAUAAAGCAAAAUCUAUAGAAAAAGAGGUUCUUCGAGAACGACGGCCGGACGAAUUUAUGAUAAGACCAUGUCAUAUUUAUAAUGACGAGUUUUAUGAAUGUGAAAGGCCAAAAGGUCGUUUCCAUCAGUAUUUUAUAUUUGGUGAAUAUUUAAACUGUUGGCAGUGGCAAAUGGAUUUUGAAAAUUGCAAAAAGUGGAAGGAAAGUCAAGAUGAGGAAGCAUAUGCUCUACUAAUAGCAAGUGAAAAAAAACGUAGGACAGAAAGACUGAAGGGUCACAUUGAAAAUGAUGUUUGGGAGAAAAGAGACAAGCCACCAGAAAAUUGGGAUGCGCCUUUGCCAGAGUGGUUAGAAAAGAAGAAUGCCAAUACGUAUUUGGACUUUAAAGCCAAAUCCAUUCGUGAUGGAACAGUGAAUGAUUUGGAUGUAAAAAUGUACAAUGCUUGUACUAUCUUGUGACAUGAGAAACAUAGAGUGAAAUAAAUUAGCGUUAUUCAUAUGGUAUGAAAUAUGGUGUAAGUAAUCAUAAGAUUGUAUAAUUGUUAAAACUUUGGUGAAAAUAGAUUUUGUAAUUUUUUCUCCAUGUUGAUAAAUCAAUACUGAGUGAACUCAUUGAUUUCUCAACUAAUUUAAUAUUUUUGACAGAAGAUACAAUUUUAGAAAAUAGUCCAUUUAAUAUCAUCAAAUUUAUGGACGUCAACAAAAACCGA